AAUUAUCUGUCGCUCUGUGACGGUGCGCUACAAAAACAAUUGUCGUGGUGAUAUGCGCAAGAAAGAUUUGGAAGCAACUAAACACUUUUUUUGGGUGGCAGGCGGACGUCCCACUUUUAAAACUUUGCAAUGCGUCUUUUGCAAGGAGGAAAAACCACUUGAGGAGUUCAGCGAAAUGCAAGUUGCAAAGGCCACUUUUGACUUGCACGCGCCGGCAUUGACGAAUGUUGAUGUUAAGCUUAUUUCCUGUCUAAAAUGCACGGCACCACCACGCGAAACGUUGACCUGCUGCAAAUGCUCAAAGACUAAACCGUUGGACCAGUUUGCACGGGUACAGCGACGUAACGCGGAACGUCCGCGUUGCUUAAAAUGCAUGAAAAAGCAUAGAGACGAGGAUGUGAACGACUCGGACCCGGACUACUCUUCGGAUGGAAGCUCACUGUCAGAGACAUGGGACGAUUACUCGUGAUUUGUUCUUUUUUUUUUUACCACCAACUGCUUUAUAAACUUAUGCUUCUUUAAUAAAAAAAAGGAGCACAUGAAGUGCGGCUUGCAAAACCGUCUCGUACAUAUACUCGUGGACACCAUCGAGAUGAGAAGGAUGCUGCAACAGUGUGGAAAGAGGACCCAUUUUUUACGGCGAUGCUUUGAAGAUCUAUGGAUGCGUGCUAUGGGAUAGAUACUGCAACGCCAAGAAAAUUCUUCAAAAGAAGAAGAAUCCCGGGUAAUUAGUUGUCGGGCGGUAGUGCCGCUUAUGCUCCCGCAGGAACAGCGAAAGUAGCAGUGAAUGGUAACAAUUUGUGCCGAUGUAACAUAGCAUUGUAGUAAAAAGAG